AUGACGGAGACUCGCCCCUCCACCGCCGUCCGGCACAUCAGUGCUGUGCAGCGGGUGGAGGAGCUGGAGAUCUCCCUGCAGGCCGCCCAUGAGGUGAACGCCCACCUGAACGGGGAGGUGGAGAAGCUCACGGCCCGGGUGACGGCGCUGGAGGGCGAGCGCGGGGCCUUCCAGCAGAGAAUCCACCUCCUGUCCCGCAAGCUGGCCGCCGCCCGGCGCGAUGCGGGGCUGGCAAAUGACGACCCCGCGCUUCGGGCCUGGCUCCCGGGCACCGCGUGGCGCGAGGCAGAGGCCCGCGCCCGCGAGCAGGGCUGGCUGGUGGACCCGCGCGAGGUGGCGCUGGGCCCCCUGCUGGGCCAGGGCACCUUUGGCACCACGCAUCGCGCCACCUGGCGCGGCGCGGCGGUGGCGGUCAAGCGCGUGCGCGUGGCCGACGCGGAGGGGGGCGCCAUGUUCCUGCGCGAGGUGGCGGCGCUGCGCCGCCUGCGCCACCCGCACGCCCUGCUGGACGUCGCGGGGGGCAUGCUGGCGCUGGAGGCGGCGGACCCGCCCGUCCUGCACCGCGACCUCAAGCCCUCCAACGUCUUCCUGGACGCGCACGGCGCCGCCAAGGUGGCCGACAUGGGCCUGGCCCGCGUGCUGGAGCCGGGCGCUGGCGGCCUGCCUGACCGGCGAGACCGGGACCUACAGCUACAUGAGCCCCGAGUAGCUAUGGAGGUGGGGGCGGGCACGCUCUGCCCGGAGAUACCCAGCGACUGCCCCGAGGAGCUGGCGGGGCUGCUGCACGCCGCCUUCCACCCCGACCCCAUUGAGCGGCCGUCCUUUGGCGCCAUCGUGGCCGGCAUGGCGCGCGUGGUGGAGGCCGAGGCGCGGGGCGGCGAGGGCGGCGGGGGCGGGGGAGACUGGCUGGCGCAGGGCAAGUGGGGGCUGCCCACUCGGCUCACCGGCCUGCUGCGCGGCUGA